AUGUUACCUAAAAUUUAAAAUUUUACUAUUAAAUUAAGAAAAUUAAAUAAAAUAAAAACAGUGGAAGAACUUGAAUAAUUUAAAGAAGCAUAACACAAUUCAGCUGAAAAAGAGAGAGAAAAAAUAAUUAGGAUUUACUAAUAAGCAAACAAAUAGCUAACAAAAGUUUAUCCAAAAAAAAACCAAGAACACACAGCAAAAACAAGAUACAAAGGAAGAGCGACUCAAGUAGCACACAAGAAUAUAGUUGAAGUUGAGCUAUAUAAUUAUACGCUAAGAAAUUAAAUAAGUUCAAAGCUUGCAGUAUAAAUAAAUCUUAUACUGAAUAAUUUACUUUCCGAUUUCAUUAAUAUUGGUAGCUUUCACUUAAAGAGAACUAUAGAAUCCAUAUUUAACAAAUAGUGGUGA